AUGCCCCUGGCCAGCGGGCAGAAGGGGACCGGCAAGAAGAAUGCCGGUUCCAUCGCGCGCCAACGAUCGCGCAACACCACGCCAUCGUCCAUCCCGCCCACGGCCAGUCUGCCCCCCAUCGAAACCGUCGAGACCGAGUAUCUCGACCUCAAGUUUGAGCUGUUUCGUAAUAUCACAUACGAAGACAUCAUAGACUCUGCUGCCGCAAGCGCAAUUCCCGACUCCAGAAGCCUAGAUGGGACGCUUACGAGGUUGCAACGGCUUCUCGAGACCGUUGAGCAGCGGGGUACUUACUAUGACAGAGGGAUGAGGCUCCUUGCGCAGAAUCGAAAGACGCGCAUGGAUGAGAUGGCUGCGGAAAGAGGCCGCGAAGAGGAGAGACUACGCCGAGAAGCUGAUGACGAAGAGAGAGAACGAAGAGCCAACAAAAAGAAGAGGAAAGCGCCCGACCACCCGUCGGCGCCGAGUGGGAAAACAGCUGGAUCCCCCAACGCGAUGGAUGUCGACCGCAAAGACAAAGGCCAAGACGAGUCCGACUCCGAUUCAUCUUCGGACGAUGGCCGCCCACCCCCGCGACCCGUGCCCCAAAAUCAGACAUUCGGAGAAGACCCCUCAACAUUUCCCGACCCAACCGUUUACGACAUAAAACCAGUCGAGCCCGGCAUGACGGAAGACGAGAUCAAGGCCAUCUAUUCGGUGGCCGUCUAUCCGAGAUCCGACCUGGCCGACUUGAUCGCGGGAGACCCGCCAGACAAAGACUUCAGCAGUGCGAAACCGUCAAACCAGAUCAGCUUCAGCACCUUUUCAACCUAUAUCGAGCCGUACUUCAGACCUUUCACGGAGGAGGAUCUCGGCUUCCUUCGAGAGAGGGGCGAUCGUGUUCAACCUUUUGUCAUGCCGAGGCGCGGUGACAAACAUUACCUGGAUAGAUGGGCUGAAGAAGACGGCGGGAUGGCGAUAGAUACCUCUCCGACUGGCGAUAAGCUCGCUCCCAACCAGCCCCGCGGCACCAUCGAGAACAUGGACGACGAGCUCGCCGAGACGGACAAACUGUCAGUCGGGCCCCUCCUUUCACGUUUGCUCCAGGCCAUGCGACCCGAAUCUCGCGCCACGCCAUCGGAAGACCGCCCUACCACUAACGGUGUGCACAAUGACUCCUUCAACGGCGACAUCAGCAUGAACGGCGCCGACCCCUUCACCGACACCCCCACCAACGGCGCUGCGGCGAAUGGUACCGACGAAAAGACGAUGCCUCCGGCGACCCUGAUGGCCGAAUCAGCCACGGACGCCUGGAAGAAGGCCUCUCACCCCAAGCUCGACUACAGCCAGGUCGACGAGCGCAUCAAGCAGGAGCUGCGCCACAUCGGGUUCCUCCCCGGCGCCACCGCCAAUGGCGGAACCGAGUCGGGCGCGGCCAACGGCGCCGGCAAUGCCAACAACACGUCAUCGUCGGGCGAGCCCACGGCCGACUACGACGGGCACUACGACGACGAGGUCGCCGCGCGGCUGCGCCUGCUGCAGGCCCGGCUGCGCGAGCAGGUGCUGCUCAACGGCGCGCGCAAGGCCCGGCUCGCGGAGCUGGUCAAGGAGCGCAUGGCGCACCAGGAGUACCAGACGAUCCUCGAGGACCUCGACACGCAGGUCCAGGCCGCGUACCUCAAGCGCACGCGCACCAUGGGCAAGUCCAAGAAGGGCAAGCGGCCCGGCGCUGCCGCGGCGGGCGGUGCGGCCGGGGCGGGCGGUGCGGGAGCGGGUAUGGCGCGCCCCGGCAUCGGCGACCUGACCAAGACGCUCAUGGAGCGGCGGAGGCGGUGGAUCGAGAACAUUGGCACCGUGUUUGACGAGGACGGCGCGCCGGGUAAGGUCCCGCGGGCGUCGGACCCGGACAGCAGCAUCUUCAAGCCGGCGGAGAUGGCCGGGCUGGUCAAGAAGGAGAAGGAGGCCUGGGACGAGGAGGUGGAGGAGGUGGAGUGA